AUGGAGCGAACGGGCGAGCUGUUGGAUUCCGACAGCGCGUCAAGUCAUAUGAGCGUGGCGAGCGUUAAUUCAAAACGCGUGCGAAAACGCACUAGGGAUUGUGCAGACUCAGGGUCAGAACCGGUGUUAAGUGACUCAGUCAUGCCGCCCCCCAAAGUCGGUGCCAAAAAAGGAGGAAGAGGUAGGCCUGCCACUACCGGCAAAUAUGUCGGUAUCGGCCUAUCCAGGCGUGAGGCUGCGGCUGCAAUGAAGGCCGCAGCAGCCGCCGAGAAAUUAGAGGAGGAUGAGCGACAGAUUGCGGCUCUGACGAAAAGAGUGGUUGAAGGGAGAGUCACUCGUCUAUCGCAGUCGUCGUCCGCCGUCUCAAAUAUAGAUGUAGAGGCAGAAGAUUUACCGGCCUCCGAUCUUAAUCAAAGAUUGUCCGACGCGGUUGCAGCUAUAAAAAGAGUGAGCAGGGUCUCCAAGGGCCUUAGCGGUUGCAGCCAGAAAGCACUAAAAGAGGCCACGGCCUCAAUUCUGGAAAGUGCUCAGGUGCUAUUAACUCGCACCACAACAGAAGAGACGGCGCUGCUGCGGGCCCAGAAUGCAAAGCUCGUAGCGCAAAUGGCGGAGCUCCGGAAGGAGCACGAUGAGCUCAAGGAAGAGAUGAAAAACUUUUCGCCGCGAGCAGCUUAG